AAAGAUGGUUAAGAUUAUAAUUAGUAAUCUCGAAUUACAAAUCGGAAGUUAUUUCACUGAAUGACUUAUAAUUGCGGAAAUCGAACAUUCAUCACCCGGAUAUUGAAAUCAACCCCAACGUCUUUUUAAUCGAGAGUGACCUAUUGCAAUGGCGACAAGUUAUAUUGUUGUGAAACUGAUGAUAUUUUUAAGGUUUGUGUCUGGAUUUAACAUUGAUGUAGAGCAAGCACUGAUUUAUACGGGAACCCCCGGUUCGUAUUACGGAGCGACUACGGAAUUGGUUUCCAAUGCUCAGGGAAAAUGGUUACUGGUUGGUGCGCCGAGACAGAAUUACUCCGGGAUCAUCAAGCCCGGCGCCAUCUAUCGUUGUGCGGUCGACACCAGUUCAGCGUCCAGAAGCUGCACAAUAAUGAAUAUCAGGGCCGCUGAGAGUGCCUUUCCUUCUAUCGAGUCUGAAGAAAACCAGGGCCUUGGCUUGAACAUGCUGGUAACGGACCAGAACCUCGUGGCGUGUUCACCUAUGUGGAAGGAGGCAGUGACGGCCGAUAUAUACUUUGCCUACGGCAAAUGCAGCGACAUACCCCUGAACAAUCUGAACACGAACAAUAACAAGUUAUUUCAAGUGCCGAGUAACCUCCGGAUUCUGAACGGUCGGAUACAUUAUGUUGCGGCCGAGUUCGGUUUCAGCAGCAGUAGGCGGACAGGGUUUAGCAACAAUGGGAUCGUUCUGGGAACCCCUGUCGUAUAUGAUUCCACUGGUGGAUUCGUUUUUUACCAAGAAGGCGCUGUUUCCAAUUUCUGGGAACGAUUUAACAUAAUGGAGAACGGAGCCAUAGACAAUCUGCGCUCAAUGUUCAGAGCUGGUGCAUAUUUAGGUUACUCUAUUGGGGCCGGAAUAUUUGGAAGCAGCGCCAGCCCAUCAGCCCCUCAAGUAGCCCUGGGUGCCCCAGGAUUUGCCAACAACGAGGGAACUGUAGGGGCUAUGGGGAUUUUCGAGAGAGAUGGAAGUAAUCUUCGCAUGAGGAAGUUAUUAAAUGGAAAAACGGUCGGUAGUGGAUUCGGACAGUCAAUGGUGGUAGCGGACUUCAACGGCGAUAACAGGGAUGACAUCGCUGUGGGGUCACCAAUGGAGGGAGAGGAUGGCAUGAACAACGUGGAUGUCGGGGCUGUGUAUGUUUACUAUGGAACCGGAAGUUCCUCAACAUACAUUGACAACGAACAGCGCCUGCGUGGAUCUGGGGCGGUGUCAGCACGAUUCGGCUACAGUGUUGCGAAUCCGGGGGACUUGAACAAAGACGGCUUUAAUGAUUUAGUCGUGGGGGCUCCUUAUGAAGACGACAACAAAGGUGCUAUUUAUAUCUUUAAUGGAGGAUCUCCCCAAAUGGACGCUACAUUUUCACAACAGAUUUUGGCAUCAAAACUCAACACGGAUCUUCGUGGAUUCGGAUUUUCCCUGAGCAAGUCCACAAUUGACGUGGAUUCCAAUACAUUUCUAGAUAUUUCGGUGGGAUCUCUCCUUUCUUCAAAUGCUGUUGUUCUCCGAACGCAAUCUAUCGCCAACAUCACUGUGACUCUGACGUUGAAUCCGGUUAAAAUUCCAUUGAAUUCAACGGGACUUGCAUGCAGAGGAAAUAACGACAAUCCAUGCACUUCCGUUCAGAUUUGUUUUAGCUACACUGGGGACGGACUAAAUAACGGAAUUUAUAUCGACUACACAUUGACCUCGGAUUCAGAUCGAACUGAUCUUAACGAUCGCCGCUUCACGUUUUACAUGAACAAUGUGGAUGGAGGAAAAAUUUACAAGAAAAUGGAACUCUUAAUCCGCAGUGGUGUGAAUCAAUGCGAAACUUUACACGCAAGAGCAGCUAUGACGGACAGGAAUUUUUUCUCACGGGUCAACGAUGAUCCCAUGUUUGACUUAACUUAUCAAAUCAGCAACAGAUCGGCGUCAGGCGAGGUGAAGCCGGUAUUGGACAGAAACCAGGCGUCAGACACUAAUAUCACGGGUGAGUUCCGAACAGAAUGUGACCCCGAGUGUAAGCCAGACCUAACAAUCACUGGACGUCCUCUGACAUCGUUGAUCACUGUGGGACGCACGCAGGAACUUGAAGUGGAGCUUCUCGUUAUGAAUUUGGGAGAUCCGGCGUAUGGUGCCUCGAUUUUGGUAUCCAACGACAUAAACGUGCCUUUAACAAGUUACGCAGUUUUGUUAGAGCAAGGCUCGGAGCGAAUGACAUGUGCUUCAGAAACAAACGGCACGCGAUGUGUGUUUGAAACAACGCCGCUUUAUCCACAACAGAGGGGUUUGGUCCGCCUUCGAUAUGACGUUUCAGUUGCUCGACUAUUAGAAAAGGGAUUACGGAAUCUUCCUGCGAAGAUCCAGAUCACUUCUACAGCAGAUGUAUCUGGAGACAUUAAUCCCAGCAAUAAUGUGAUUCAGAUGAGUACGGAUCUGCAACUGGAGGCAACGAUACAGAUGAUAGGUUCUUCGUCGCCUGACCAAGUGAGAAUGACUCCACAGAAACGCUCCAAACUCUUACUGUACCAGGCUUACUCGAUCAGUACACUAGGCCCAAGUCCCCUACCGGAAGUGAAGGUCGUGUUUAGUAUUCCAGUAAUCACAAACGGCAAAGUGAUUGUGCCCGAGUCAGAACUCAAAGUGACAGAGUUUACUCCCACUGACAAAUGCAAUAUGACGUCCUUCCCAACACUCGCUUCUGUGACGUCAUCACCCUCCAUCGGACAGCCUAGUGUGGUCAUCAACACAGAAAAUUCACUACCUUUAGGAUGUGAGGAAAGCGGUGUAGGUUGUGCUGUAUAUGAAUGCAAGAUUAGUGAAUUAACAGUUGAAAGUCUGCAUGGUUUCAUCAUCAAUGGCAAUAUUUCCGAAGAAAACCUCCCGGAACUCCAAGCGGGCAUUACUCAGAUUCGGUACUACACAACAGGAGUUGUCUACCCCUCAGAAACAUUAGGAAUCCCCCUUAAGUUGGCCUCCAAUGUCAGCUUCUCGGCAGUGCUUCCCAUCUUUCCGAAUGAUAUUACCCCAGCGCCCCAGGAACUUAACUUAUGGCCCCUGAUUGUGGGUCUUGUAGUGGGCGUCCUGUUGAUGGUACUAUUAGGAAUAAUUCUCUGGAAGCUAGGGUUCUUUAGAAGGAAAAAGAGAGAGGAACUGGACCAGUACAAGAGGAAAAGUUACGCCUACCAGAGACAAAGCCGCGCUUUGUUACGUGCCACUAAAGAUAUGGAUAAAUCGGAGAGAGAAAUAUUGUCUCAAUACUCGCAGAUAAAUUAGUUUUUUAUAUGUCUGUAAUAAAGAACGCAUGUCUAGCAAGUGUUUACAAUUUUGUUGAAAAAAAUGGUCUUAAAUACAGGUACAAGAAAAUUUUAAUAUGUACUGUUGAA